CCCAUGCUGUAGCUUCUCACAGCUCGCCACCAUACGGUACCAAACCACCACCUCGCUAUCUAUGGUAGCAACCAACCACCCAUCAUCCAACAAAGCAUCGACCAACACCUCCUCCAGAUAACAACACAACAAACAAUAGAAAAAUGCCAGGCCCACCCUCUCAGAAAGGAAAGUUCAAACCGAAAAAGCCAGCCAAGAAGAUUCGCGUCGCGGCAACGCCCAUUUUGCCCGACGCAGCGCCUUCUUCUUCAGCUGCUUCUGCGGCUGCUGCUGCUCCAGCCCAACCCACUACCGGUGGUGGAAGAGGUGGUCGUGGAGGUGGUGGUCGAGAAGGAAGAGGUCGAGAAGGAAGAGGUCGAGGGCGAGGAAGGGGACGAGGCAGAUGGACGGCUCCCCAAGGACAAGUCUUUUUUACGGCAUCCAUUCAAGAUUCCAAAAAAUCCAAAUCGGCCAGCAGCAAAGCCAGUAGUAGUGCCAGAGCCAGCAGCAAGUUGUCCGACAGCAAAAGCAAGUCCAGUCUCUUGGUACAACGCAAAGACGCGGCUGAAGCAUCCGAAGAAGUCGUUGGGACGUUGGACAAAGCCAUUGGAUCUCAUUUGGGAAAAGAAGGAAAGAAAUCCGUGUUGGAAACAUUUGACACGUCGGAUUACGUCGGGCCCAGCAAGUUUGACAACGAGGAUGAAGGUGGCUCAAGAUUCUUCGAAGAUGGGCACACCUACGAUUCAGACUCCAGUCUAGAGGAAGCCAAACCUAGACCCCGCAAUACCAACAUUCCUCCCACCAGACUUCCCUUUCCUGUGGCGCCUCUUCCCAAUGGUGUGGGAGCUCAAGAUGGGGACAAACGACCUUUCAUGUACGAUGAGCAACAACCCACAACAGCGGCACGUGUCGAAACACCAAAAACUCCACAAAAUGCCACCGUAGAUGAAUCCAGACCGUCACCCUUUGUGGACAUCAAUCAAGAAGAUGAUCUUCAAAAAGAAAUGGAAAAUCUAUUUCUAUUCCAAUUCCCAACACGUCUGCCGUCCCUCGUGCAGCAAGUGGGACUUUCCAAAGCAGGCGACAAGAACAACAACAAUAGCAACAACAAAGAGGACAAUAAUGAUGUGACCAUGAUGGAAGAAGCGGAGGACGCCAAAACUGCCGUGCAAGCACCAGGGCCCACGCCAAUAGAAACAUCCGAUGUCGUCAUCCCACCGGUCAAACCAGGCAGUUUUGAUAAUACCAUGUCGGGGGCUAUACCGGGGCGAUUGGGAAAGCUUUUAGUCUACAAGAGUGGCAAGACAGUGCUUGUGUUUCAGGGUCCCGAUGGUUCUCCCGAGAUUCGUAUGAAUGUCUCGGAAGGAUUGUCUUGUGGCUUUGAGCAACAGGCAGUCCUCAUUGACCACGAGCAUGAUCGAUUCAUCAAGCUGGGACAGAUACACAAGACUGCAGUAGUCACCCCGGAUCUGGAUGAGGCCUUUGCUCAAGAAUAAGGCGUGUCUAUCUAGCUAGCAAGCCCCAAGACCAACCGCUAACGACCGACUUCAUCAAAGCUAACAACUCUAAACGUUGAAAUCUAUAACAGGUUGCUUUAAUUCAAAAGGCAAGCUGAAAAUCGCAUUCAAUUGUGGGAUUGAAUUGUGGGAACCCGGAAGCAAAGUGCAGAGAGAAGAGAGUUGGUUUACAUCACACAAAAGAAGAGAUAAGACAACACUUUGUUGAGAGAAGCAGUAGUACUGACAGGACGAAAUAUGGCGACGAAACUUGUAGCGAAUUUUGGAGAUAGCUUUUGGAGGGCUAAAUUUUUCAACUAUUGUUGUCACAUCCUCUAAGUAUUUCAAAUGCACUUAUCAUUAUUGCGUAUGUUUUAUAACGUCCAUUUAUGGUUUUACCAGUCACUAAAUUUAUCACAAAAACGCAUAAACG